CGAGCCGGAAACUCACAGCGAUCCGUCUUAAAACAUACUGAGCAGAGGAGAGGGGGGUCAACGCUGCCCAGAGACCAAGGCCAGAGGCCGGGUUGUGUGUUCUCAGAGGCGAUGGAUGUGCUGGGGGCCAUGUGGGGGCUUCUGCUCCUGUUGCUCUCAGUUUCCCUCCUGGCUUUCAGCUUUUACUGCUGCUACCUGAAAUUCAUCCACAUGAACUAUGAUCACAUCCCAGGACCCCCAAGAGAGAGCUUUGUACUUGGACACCUGCCAAUUUUCUGGAAAAUGCAGAGGAAAAAUGAGCUGUUGCAUCAACUCUUCAUGCAAUGGACAGAGACAUAUGGACCCAUUGUACGUUUCAAUGCUUUCCACAGAGUCUUGGUAAUAGUUUUCAGUCCUGAAGGAGUAAAGGAAUACUUGAUGUCACCAGAGUACCCAAAGGAUCGAACUGUAUAUGGUCAACUCAGUCAUUUGUUUGGGGUGAGAUUUUUAGGGAAUGGCUUGGUAUCUGAUCAUGACUAUGAUCAUUGGCACAAGCAGCGAAGGAUUGUGGAUCCUGCUUUCAGCCGAACCUACCUGAUGGGUCUGAUGGACACAUUUAAUGAAAAAGCAGAGGAGUUGAUGAAGAAGCUGGAGGAAAAAGCAGAUGGAAAAACAGAGCUUAGCAUUCUGAACAUGAUGAGCCGUGUGACUCUGGAUGUUCUUGCCAAGGUAGCCUUUGGCAUGGAACUGAAUGCACUGCAUGAUGACCAGACACCUUUCCCACAUGCAGUGACCAUGAUCAUGAAAGGAACAAGUGAGAUACGCCUCCCUUUAGCGAAGUACAUGCCAGGAAAACAAAAACUGAUAAAGGAGAUUCAGGAAAGCGUGAGACUGCUGCGCCGUGUGGGAAAGGAAUGCAUUGAGCAGAGGAGAGAGGACAUCCAGAAUGGAGAAGAAGCCAGAGUAGAUAUUCUUACUCAGAUACUGAAAGCAGCUGCUCUGGAAGAGACCAGAGAUGAUGAAAAUAUUCUGGAUAACUUUGUCACUUUCUUCAUUGCUGGUCAUGAAACGACGGCCAGUCAGUUGUCAUUUACAAUAAUGGAGCUGACUCGGCAACCUGAAAUAAUGGAGAGACUUCAGGCUGAAGUGGAUGAGGUUAUUGGAACCAAGAGAAAUAUCAGCUAUGCAGACCUUGGGAAUCUCCAGUACUUAACACAGGUUCUCAAAGAAUCCCUCCGAUUAUAUCCUCCUGUUCCUGGGACCGUGCGGUGGACAGGAAAGGAAAAUAUCAUUGAAGGCAUCAGAAUUCCAGCAAAUGUGACUCUAUUUUUCAGCUCGUAUGUCAUGGGAAGGAUGGAAACGUUCUUCAAGGACCCAAUGAAUUUCAAUCCUGACCGGUUCAGCAACAGUGCACCCAAGCCAUAUUUUUCCUAUUUUCCAUUUUCUUUGGGACCCCGUUCCUGUGUUGGACAGAUAUUCUCACAGAUGGAGGCUAAAGUGGUGAUGGCGAAACUGCUACAGAGGUUUGAAUUCCAGCUGGCACCAGGACAGAGCUUUGAAAUUGUGGAUACAGGAACCCUCAAACCACGAGAUGGUGUUAUGUGCAUACUGAAACCACGAAUACUUCAAAUAUAGUGGGAGGGGAGGAAAGGAAUGAAAUGGCAUCAAUGCUGGAGUUUCCCUCCGAUUAUUUAAAUUCUCUCACUAAUCCAGGGUUAGAUUUUCCAGUCCAUUUUAGCAGCUACUAGAUUGGAAGUUAGAUCGUUCUUCCCAUAAAAAGUUUGAAAACAUUUUGGAGGUGCAGUCAAAUAUCCAUUUAAACAUCUUUGGUCUGAAAACUGAGCAGAAACUUUGCAAAACAGACUUUUAGUUAGGGACUGCCUAUUCUAAAUUGAAGUGGAAAAACCAGAAGAAUACUUCCUUUCAUUAAAGCAGUAAUUCUCAAGCAGGACCCUGGGCACUCUGGGAUGCCAAUGGAUCUUUUAAAGGGUGCCAUGAGGUGUGAGUUGAUAAAUUAGGUGUUAAGAGAUAAGCAGAUAAACUAAACAGAUAAGUGCAGGCUCAGGCUUGAUGAUCUCCCUUUCCCACUGCCAGGCCUCUCAACAAGGAAGCAAGUACUGUAAUAUAUAAACUAGUUUUUGAAAUUGGGUGCCAUUCAAUUCGCAAAAGUGAUGAAAGGCUGCUUCACAUUAAAUGACUGCCUCAAGUCCAAAAAGGUUGAAAAUCACUGCAUUAUAGGUUACAAAUUUGGCAAAGGCCAGUCCUGGUCUAAUUUUUUACAGCUCUCUCUGGACCCCAUGACUCAAGCUUAAAUUCACAUAAACACUUGUGUAGAGGCACUUGGACCAAAUAGGUCUGAGUUUUGGGUGUGAAAAUUAGGGUCUGUUCUUCUGACCAGAUAAUUUUCCCUAUCUCCAUCUGUGUCCUCACCUGUGAUAGUAACCUACUGGGGAAAAACAAUGCCUCAGUAAACAGAAAUGCUUCCCUUUCAAGACUGUCUCAAGUUUAUUCUCUUACCCAGAGAAGGUACUUAGGGUAAAUCCAAUAUUUUUUAUUAGACCAACUCAGAUAGUUGGAAAAAUUCUUCUUAGCAAGAUUUCGGGCACAAACACCCUUUGUCAGGCUGAGGAAGCGUCUGCAGAUGGUCUGUGCUCUUCUUCUCUUGCCCACUACUUCCACCAGGUGGUAGCCUUUCAUUUUUAAUGCAGGAGCAAGCCAGGAUUUUCCAGACCUGCUAGUUGCUGAAGAGCAAAUGUAUCCUAAGUAGGGUGGCCAUCAUAGAGGACCACUGCUUUUGGUGGUUUUCUGCUACUCUGUCCUCCAUUGAUAUGAAACCAGACGCCUUUAUGUCCUCUAUUUUUCUCUUGAAAAUUUCAAGAGAAAAAUAGAGGACAUAAAGGUGUCGGAUUUCAUAUCAAUAGAGACCAGAAGACAACCGGCCUGUGCUCUAUGAUGGCCACGCUAGUCCUAAGCUAGCCCAGGAAGUAAACUGGGGUGGGGGGGACGACACCCCUGGAGCUGGACUGACACUGUGUAUGAACUCUGUUGCAGAGCACUGAGGUGCCCUGCUCCUAAAGAGGGAAAAACUGCCAGGGAAAGAGCCCUAGCAGUGAGUGAGGAGCUCAGCUGUGGGUUGCUGGGGCAACCAGGGAAGGUCAGCUGACCAGAAGGGGCAGGGCCUGGCUCCCUUAUAAACCCUAGGGGCUGGGGUCAGAGGCAGUUCACUGCCAGCAGCAAAAGAGGAAGGAGCUGUCUGUCAUGGGAGAGAGGAGAAGCUUGAUACUGGAGCAGCAUCCAACGUUGUUGAGAGCUAAGGGGGCACCAGUAGGAUUGCAUGUUGUUAUGACCGGGCGGCUUCUGUUUAAGUUAUAGCCGAUGGGCUUGCAUUUUGUGUUGCUGUUUAUCACCGGUGGUUUGGGUGAGGCUACUAGGGGUUGGAGGAGGACUCAUAGGGGACCCACAGCAGAGUGGGGACCCCAGCACCAGUGAGGGCGCAGCAUUUGGGGUACAUAGACCCCAGCCCCAGAGAAGGGGGUGUUGCUGAGAAGCCCCAGUGUGGGUGUGGUCAGCCCUGGAGAAGGGGGUAGCAUUACUGAGAAGCCCCCAGAGGAGGGGCAGUGCUACAGAGAGAAGGCCCUAGAGAAGGUGGCCUUACUGAGGAGCCCGGAGGGAGGGCACAGAGAGGGGGACGGGGCUGCGGAGGCCCAAGUGCCAGAGGGGGCGUGAAUACCAAAGAGAAGGACAGAACAACGUCCAUUACAUCUGCGAGGCUUGGUGCGUGGUAUUGGGGUGGUAGGAGCCACGUAUAGCCCCUAAGGCUAGGGUGCCCCUUACAGCACCAUUUAUAGAACGGGACCCCCAAGGGGUCCAGGAAACCACAGGGUCAUAGGAUCCAACGAGAAAUGACUAAGAGGGCAUAAAAAGGCAGCCUCCCUAACAUAUUUGAACAUCAAAGACAUGGCGGGCAAGAAUUUGAGGGUGCCCUUGGGCCAACUUGGCAUGGGAAGGGGGGCCUUGAGGAGAUCAUGGCCCUCCUGCAAGACCCCGCCUGUGACAAACUCAUUUGGUCUCCUGCCUCUGGUAUGGCAAGUGGUCUCCCUCCCUCUGGGAAAACAACUGUGAUGGUUCAAGCAUGUGCUGAAAAACAGCUCCCUGGGGCCUUGUGUGCCAGGUGAGAGUGUGCACACACUGACUGGGUCAGGUAGUAUUAAGUAACUUGAAGUCCAAAGCCAUACAAGAUGCAGCUAGGAGUGACUGUUUACACCAUCUCCUUGUUCUGGAACAAAUACCUUUGCUUUUCCAGGAUUCAGCUCCAGUAGCCUGCUUUGCUGGUCGAAGGUAGGAUCAGCAGAACAAAGAUUCUUACCGCACUUGGCUAUCUCCUGCUCUCUCUUCCCCAGCCAGGGAAGGAGGAGUCCUAGUCUUAACAGAUAAGAGGAGGAGAAAGAGAUAUGAAGGGUUUUACUCCCCAUAUGUGACUGAGAAGGGGCACAAUCUCAGCAUGUACAAGUGUCAGUGGUCUGGAACGACAGGGAUUUCUCAAGUGAAAUAGAGCAGCAAGCAUCAGACUCAGCAGUGCUAAAUAAACACUAUAGCAUCCACUUGCAAGCAAGAGCCUGCCUCCAAAUAUAAUGGUCUCCUUUCACCCUUCCCCUCCCAGCUAGAUGAGCUUGAAGACAGACAAAAACUCUCAGGAGAUCUGGUAAGAAACAGCCAGUAUGAGCCAAGGCAGCAGCUGCAUCAGAGACCUUGGGACAUGAUGGACACCAUCCAUUCCCAGCUGCUUCCUACAUAUUUUAAUUCAGACAUUCUUCCCCUUUUGCAGAUUGAGUAUUUGCUGCAAAUUUUGUCCACCUUUCACAGGCUCUUUUUUUUCCCUCUAUUUCCCCUCAAUACCUUGUCUUUGCGCACAGACUUUGUGUAAUGCCUCUGCCCUGCUAGACCUAUUUUUAGUCCUGCCUUGUUAGGAAAUGUCAUUGCUGGAACACUGUAGAUGGCAGACGUGGUCAGGAACUGAAACACCACAAUGACAAAUGCAGAUGGUGGGCCUAGCAUAAGCCUAAAUGAUGGAGAACAUGUACUUAAGCUUCCUUAAAUUGAAAUGCUCAACGUAUAAUCAGUGAGCAGUAGUGUGGAAAAGUAGAAUAAAAAUCUGUUAGUCAAGGCCACCAUAUUGGACCAGGCCAGAUGUGGAUAAUUGUUUUUUGGAAAACACUAAUACUAAUUACAGGUAACAGCUGUAGUACCUUGAUGUUACUUCUUUUGAUGAUAAGAAGUGAAUUAUGUGUAGCAUACUAGAGUGUUCUUAUUAACUAAAUAUGGUAAAGUAGAAGUGUAAAAUCA